AUGGCUCAACCUCCAGGCUUUGUUUAUCCUAACAAACCACGUCAUGUAUUUCUUUUACACAAAGAAGUCUAUGGAUUAAAGCAGGCCCCAAGAACCUGGUAUGCCAAGCUCAGUUCAGGUCUUUUGUCUCUCAAGUUUGUUAAUUCAAUUACUGACUCUUCUCUCUUUGUGCACAACGAUAGUUCUCAGCUCACAGUUUCUCUGGUAUAUGUUGAUGAUAUCAUGCUUACUAGGUCAUCACCUUCUUUCCUCCAAUUUGUUAUCUCUCAGCUGCAAUUGCAAUUUCCAAUUAAAUAUUUGGCUCCCAUCAAUUACUUCUUAGGUCUUGAAGUCAAAAGAGAUACCUCCUUAUUUCUCUCUCAGACAAGAUAUGAAGUUGAUCUACUUAAAAAUUUUCACAUGGAAAGUGUCAAGCCUUGCCCUACUCCAAUUGCUGCUUCCACAAAACUUUCCAAGGAUGAUGGUAUUUUACUUGACAAUCCAACUGAUUAUAGAUCUCUAGUCGGGGCCUUACAUUAUCUCACCUUGACAAGACCAGAAAUUGCAUUUGCAGUAAAUCUUGUCUGUCAGCAUAUGCAACAUCCAAGAACUACUCACAUGGCAGCUACCAAGAGGAUUCUCAGAUAUAUCAAAGGCACUCUUGGCUUUGGACUUACAUUUACUAAAGGAUCUUCAUUUCUACUUGGUUUCUCAGAUGCUAAGUGGGAUGGAAAUGUUGAUGAAAGAAGAUCUACAGGUGAGUAUUGCAUUUUUCUUGGUCCUAACAUCAUUUCUUGGUCUUCCAAGAAGCAAUCUACAGGGGCAAGGUCUAGUACAGAGGCAGAAUAUAGGACAUUAGCACACAGUGAUGCAGAGUUGAUUGCAGAUAUUUUUACAAAGGGUCUCUCCGCAUUUCGAUUUUCUUCACUGCGCUCCGAACUUCAGGUUGAUGCAGCACCCUUCAGUUUGAGGGGGGAUAAUGAUGCAGUGAUAGUUAAGCAGUGA